AUGACAUCGACAUAUAAUGAAAAUGAUUAUGAGCAACAACAAAUGGCCAGAAAAUCACCAAAUGGUACUAACGACUCAACAUCUUAUGCUACGUACAACAACAAUAACAGUAAUAAUAAUAAUAACAAUGAAGAGAAGACAAUAGUUGACAGAAGUUCAACAGAAGUCAAUGGUUACAGUAGCGGUGACGCACAUUUAUCAGGAUCGUCUGAAUAUCCGUCUUCUUCGCCUGUUCAGUAUCCAACACCGUUAGUGAACGCCAAUUCUUAUGCGCCGUUAUCUAAACCCGAUGAUGAGAGAAAAUUAUUUGUUGGUGGUCUAACGUGGGAUACAACGAAUGAAGAUUUACGUGAUUACUUUCAGAAUUUUGGUAAAAUUACUGAUAUUUCUAUUAAACAUGAUCCAGCAACGGGACGUAGUCGCGGUUUUGCCUUUCUCAUAUUUGAUUCAAAAGAAGUUGUUAAAAAAAUUUUAUCACAAAAUGAUCAUUUUGUUAAAGGACGAAAAGUUGAUCCAAAAUCAGCACGUCGUCGUUUAGCACCAACAUCAGCAACAAAUCUCGUUAAUCCAUCAUCUUAUGAUUCAAUAAUGACACAACCAGCAACUAAUAAUAUGCAAAAUAAUAUUUAUAGUCAAUAUAACAACAAUCGAAAAGUAUUUAUCGGUGGUUUAGAUCCAAAUUUUCCAGACGGUGAAUUGAGAACAUAUUUCUCUCAGUUUGGUAAAAUUGAAGAAAUUGAUUUGCCCUAUGACAAAGAAAAAAACGAACGUCGACCAUUUUGUUUUAUAUCCUUCGAAACUGAACAAGCGGCACAAGAUGUACUAAGAAUUCAACGACAUUCUAUUGGUGACAUAACAGUUGAUGUAAAACGAGCUAAACCCAAAACAACGACAAAUCAACAACAAAAUCUUUAUGAUGCAUACCAGCAGACAGCACAACAACAGUAUGCUUAUGGACAACAAUCAGCCUACAGUUAUGGUCAGGAUCCUUAUGCAGCAUGGAACGCCUACGCAGCCUAUGAAAAUAAUGCAUAUAGUUACCCAUCGGUGGGAGCUACUACAUCACCAUCAGCAGUCUCAAAUUAUCCGGGUUAUUCGUAUCCAACAAAUGCUGGUUAUCCUCCUCAAACAUAUGAUUAUUCAUCCUAUUAUGCUUCAGCUCCGCCUCAAACGACUGGAACUUAUGAUCAACCAGCUUAUGCUCCUCAAUAUGACUAUUCACAAUAUUAUGGAAAUACACCGGGGCAAGACAAUAUGAUAAAUAAUGAUAAUUCAAUUUCAGAUCCUAAUCAUUCAGAUUAUGAUCAUGAUUUGAAUAAUCACUCAUAUGGAAAAGCAAAAACAACGAUUGUUCAAAGUCCAACAUAUCAUCCGUAUUCAAGGAAUUCAUAA